AUGAGGAGGCUCUGCCCGUGGGUUGCGCUGGGACUCGUCGCCCUCCUCGGGAACGUGCGAGGACAGAGAUAUCCCCCGAUCACAGACAGGGCCUUUAUCAAGCAGUAUGUCGACGCCCACAACGAUUUCCGCAGAAAAGUCUCACCCUCUGCUUCCAACAUGCUCCACAUGACAUUUGAUAUUGGUUUAGCUAAAAUAGCUAGAGCAUGGGGACGGAGAUGCGUUUGGAAACAUAACCCAUAUAGAAAGCUCCACCCUGAUCUUAAAUUUAGACCGACAGGAGAAAAUUUGUGGAUGGGACAGGCCAGCAAUGCUGCAUUUAGUCCUGUUGCUGCUAUUACAGCAUUUAACAAUGAGGUACAGUUCUAUGAUUUCAACUCCCACAAGUGUACUCGUGUAUGUGGACAUUAUACUCAGGUUGUUUGGGCUACGUCUUACAAGGUUGGCUGUGCUGCUGUUUACUGCCGUGAGGUAGAUAGAGGAAGCAAGAACAACAUUGUGAUUUUAGUGUGCAAUUAUGCUCCACCGGGUAACUAUGCAGGGGUUCGUCCUUAUAAAUCAGGAAAUCCAUGUAGUGAGUGCCCAAAAGGAGACACUUGUGAAGAUAAGCUCUGUAAAAAUCCUCAACGUGAUAAAGAAAAUAAUAGCUAUUCAAGCUGGAAUCCAUCCUUUCCAAUGGAGAUUGUGUGUGAUAAAGCCUGCAUUGCUGUUGCAGUUUUAAGGCCGUUGUCAGUGUUUUUAGUACUUGCAGCUGUUUACUACUUAAAAGUUCGUUAUCCAGAUUUAAGUUUUAACAAGUAA